UUUUGGUAGACCAGAAUAACUACAAUAGUUCUAUUGGAAUUUGUUCUAAAACUGUUUUAAUUUAUUUUAGUUGCUACCAUCAAUGUCAUGUGUGGCAAAGACUACAUUACUAUCAUGGUGAAUGAGGACUUUUUCCAGUACUACAAAGUACCUAUGGAAUCUCUGCACUUGAAGAAUGAGUCUUGUCGUGCCCAAAAGGAGGUUAUGUCUAACGUCCCAUACUACAUUGUGCGGAUAUCAAAGGAUCAGUACAUUUCCUGUGGUGGUAAACCACUGGAGAAAAACAUCACUCACAUUGCAUACGCCUUAACUCUCAUGUCGGCCCCUCAAGUCUAUGGAAAUAUAAUAAGAGACCCAAUGAUAAAAAUUGAGUACACGUGUAUCUACCCAUACAUCCGCACUGUCAGUUUGCCGUACCCCAUCAUCCCCUUCUCUAGUGAGACUGUGAUGCGGAUGGGUGAGUUGGAUGCCAAGGUGGAGAUGGCCCUCUUCACAGAUCACACCUACACAGAGGCGUUCCAAAGCUCACCGCUGAUCCACCUCCGGGACAGGGUGUAUGUGGAGAUCAAGGUCGUGGAGCUGGAGGACGUCUUCCACUUGAGGGUGAAUGAAUGCUGGGCCACACAGUCCCCCAAACCCAACCAGUCAGACGGCUCCGUUCACACCCUGCUGCGCAAUGGGUGUGUGAAUGACGAAACUGUCACCUUUCUCAAUACGACAAUGGGCGCCAAUGGAGAGGCCUCAACCAUCCGGUACAGCUUUGACAUGUUCCGCUUUGUUGUGGAGCCUCAUGACCUGUACCUGCACUGCACAGUGCGCUUGUGCUCCCUGGAUGAUGACGAACCCUGCAUUCCUGAGUGCAAAUCUAUAACCAAGAGGGCUGCAGUGCGUGGAGACCCAACUCAAGGUCUACUGUCAUAUGGACCAAUCAGGAUUGACAUACCAGACCGACCCCAAUCUAAUCUGCUGCUGCUGAUGAUUCCUGUGGCUGGCAUCUGGGUCCUGGGCCUCUUCCUCCUCGCCCUAAUCACCAUCGCUAAGGCAGGAAACCGACGACUGUCACAGCUAGCAAACCGCUGAAAUCCAACUUGAAUAAAAAUAAUAAUUUCUAUGACAAUUAAAUGAGUCCCUCUCUGCAGAAAUGUUGUGCCUUUGACAUUUUAUAAACAUGACUUACCACAGAGCUCUGAGCAUUCAGCCCUGUAGUUCAAUGUGGCUGUGGGUUACAAACAAGUUCAAACAUGAGUUACUGGUUUAAAUCAUGACUGGGCUCAUCAAACACCAACUCCUAUUAUAGUGUAGUGAUUCUUAGCUGUCAGCAGAUGGCAGUAGGAGCCAACUGGGUGGUCGGUC